UUCAAAUAUCUAAAGGCCGUGUAUCUAAAUCACCUAUAAAUCAUAUAUUAUUAACUGGCUAUAUUCUAAAGUAGAAGAAGACCAUGCUUUUUUACUCCCUUAGAAAUCGCAUUUUCGGAGAUGGAGAUGCCAUAAAUCGACCGGCCGAUGGUAUCGGCCGUCCUCCUCCGCCUCCUCUUCGCCGUCGCCGGCCUUCUUCUUCUCUCCUGCUCUCUUCACCCCGCAUCGGUGCUGCAGCUCCCUCCCUCUUCUUUCAUCGGAAUAUCCCCUGAAGACGAGAAGUACUACUCUGGAUCCAGCAUCGCUUGCAGGGACGGCUCCAAAUCCUUCACUCUCAACCGCCUUAACGAUGACUUCUGCGAUUGUCCCGACGGAACCGAUGAACCAGGAACAUCUGCCUGCCCUGAGAGCAAGUUCUAUUGCAGAAAUAUUGGUGAUGUCCCAAAACUAUUGUUCUCAUCUAGAGUUAAUGAUCGCAUCUGUGAUUGCUGUGAUGGAAGUGAUGAGUACGGUAGCGGCGUUAUAUGCAGAAACAAAUGCCUCAAAACUGGAACUGAUGAGUUGACUGAGGAUGACAAUCAUCAUUCGACUGAAACAAAAGUCAACAAUUAUAGCAUGGAGGAAAAGAAAAUUAGAGUUGACCUGGAGGACCUUCUCUUAAAUCUGAAAGGACUGAGGUUAAUCACAGUAGUUGAGCUUGCCUCUUUAGUGGCUCUGCUUAUCUUGAUUUGUCGGCGAACCAGGAUUCGAAGAAGACCCCGUAUUUAUCGAGAAUUUAAUUAAGAAACAAUGCCCAAUUCUUAUGUAUUUACAUAUCUCACACCUAAACUUUAUUUUUUACAUUUAUG